AUGUCGUUUAGAAAUGCCGCCUCGGGACCGUCUCCGGCAAGCUGGUCCUCUACAGCUGUCGAUUUUGGCAAUGACACCAAGAUGGUUUCUCAGGAUCUGAAGGUUGCCGAUAUGGAGGAGAAUCACACACCCGAGUCAGGACCGGGAGAGUUGAAGCGCAGGUUAAAAAGUCGUCACCUUCAAAUGAUUGCAAUUGGUGGAACAAUUGGAACUGGCCUCUUCAUCUCAAGUGGUACUGCAAUAGCCUACUCUGGGCCUGUAGGAGCGCUCAUUGCAUAUUCUUUUGUUGGCACUAUCGUGCUCUCUGUUAUGACGUCUCUCGGUGAAGUUACAACUUAUAUACCGAUUCCUGGUGCAUUCACUUCAUACGCGACUCGCUUGAUAGAUCCUAGUCUCGGCUUUGCAAUGGGCUGGAUUUACUGGUUUAACUGGGCCUCUACUUUCGCUGUCGAGUUGACCGCAACAGGAACCCUUAUUCAAUACUGGGACCCAAAUUUAAAUAUCGCAAUCUUCAUUGGAGUCUUCUGGGCUUCCAUCACUGCUCUGAACUUCCUUCCUGUGGGAUUCUAUGGUGAAGUAGAAUUUUGGUUCUCCACUAUUAAGGUUGCUACCGUGAUUGGCUUCAUGAUCUUUGCUAUCUGUAUUGAUACCGGUGCUGGAGAACAAGGCUAUAUCGGAUUUCACUACUGGCAUAAUCCCGGUGCCUUUGCUGAGCAUGUGGUCGAGGGUGCUGUUGGUAAAUUCGUUGGGUUCUGGGCAGUGCUGAUCCAGGCUGGAUUCUCCUACCAAGGAACAGAGCUUGUUGGUAUCGCAGCUGGAGAGACUGAGAAUCCUCAAAAGACUAUGCCUUCCGCCAUCCGCAAGACAUUUUUUCGUAUUCUACUAUUUUUUGUCUUGACCAUCUUCUUUAUUGGUCUUGUGGUUCCUUAUAAUAAUAGCUCGCUCACUACGGACAAAACUGACGCUUCCGCCUCGCCUAUGGUUAUUGCAGCCAAUCUUGCUGGAGUGAAGGUACUGCCAAGCUUGAUCAAUGCUGUCCUUUUGACCGUCGUGUUGUCCGCAGCAAACUCGAACGUGUAUAGUGGAAGCCGCAUCUUGACUGGUCUGGCCCACGAGGGAUUCGCUCCUAAAUUCUUCACUCUUAUCACUGAAAAAGGUGUCCCAUAUGUCAGUGUGGGCUUCACUGCUUUCUUCGGACUACUCGGAUUCAUGAAUGUUUCCGACGAUGCGGGAGCAGUCUUCAACUGGCUAGUGAAUCUUUCUAGUGUGGCUGGAUUUAUCACAUGGUCUUGUCUGAAUGCUUCGCACAUUGCUUUCAUGCGAGCAUGUGUUGCACAGGGAAUCUCUCGCGGUGAUCUACCUUAUAAAACCAUGUUUCAGCCUUACAUGGCUUGGUACGGUCUGUUCUUCAACGUCUUGAUCGCCCUCACCCAAGGCUUUACAUCAUUUAUCCCAACAUUGGACGUGACGAACUUCUUCAUCGCUUACAUUUGCAUCAUUGUGUUUGUUCUUCUUUAUGUCGGACAUAAAGUCUGGGCCCGGUCAUCUUUUGUGAAUCCUGCCGAGGCGGAUCUGGCUACUGGCCGAAUCUUCUUCCAGAAAGAGAUCGAGAUUCCUAUGACUUGGUACAAAAAAGCUUGGGGCUGGGUAGCAAAAUAA